AGCAGCCCCUUGCACAGUGUACAGCAGGCCAACUCCCCAUCUAUUGUUCAGCUGGUAUAAGGGUCUGCAAGCAACUUUCUAGCUCUCACCUCUGAGUUAUGUCUCUGUCUACACCUUCAGAGACACACCUUCUUCAGAAUUUCAUCGGCAUUUCAGAAAUGGCAGAAAGAUCAGAUCACUGAUCUUUAAACUGGGAAGGAACCGAAGAAGCAGCAAUGCCUUUAUUUAGAAAUAUCUAGACCGUUCCUUACAAGGAUUGAUGGCCAAGAGGCUUAUCUCUUACUAGCUGGUUGCACAUACUUUUCAACUUUGAAGGAAGAUGAACGCCAUUAAAUGUGUGUUGGUUGGAGAUGCUACUGUUGGGAAGACUUCACUUCUUGUCCGCUUCACAUCUGAGACCUUUCCAGACACCUAUAAACCAACGGUUUAUGACAGUACAGGAGUAGAUGUUUUCAUGGAUGGCGUCCAAAUAAGCCUUGGACUUUGGGACACUUCAGGUAAUGAUGCAUUUAAAAGUAUUCGGCCCAUUUCAUUUCAGAAUGCGGACAUUGUUUUAUUGUGCUUCUCCGUUGCCAAUCAUACUUCAUUUCUAAGUGUGAGGAACAAGUGGAUUGCCGAGGUCAAACAAAAUCUCCCCCAUAUACCAGUGCUUGUUGUCGCCACACAGACUGAUCAGAGAGAGCUAAACCACUUACGAGUGCCAUGCAUUAGCUCUGCAGAUGGUAAACAGCUGGCACAAGAUGUUCGAGCCAAAGGAUAUUUGGAAUGUUCAGCUCUAAGUAACCGGGGAGUUCAGCAGGUAUUUGAGUGUGCUGUGAGGACUGCGGUCAAUCAAGCCAAGAAAAGAGAGAGACGAAAGCGUUUCUCUUUGGUCAAUGAGUGUAAAAUUAUUUGAACUGCUGAACUUCCAGGACACAUUUCCGCAACAGUGACAGAGUAAAAUACUUUAUAUUCACCACCUUUUCAUUGUGUUCUUGAUUUUGAAAUUCUUUAAGGACCCUCUAUCUCAAUUCUGAGCCAUUCUCAGCCAGACGCACUGAAGAAUUACAGGAAAUAUUUUUUGUAUUUUGCUAAACAUAAGUAACCUAUUUAUUUUACUUCUAAAAGAUACAACAUAUCCACAAAAUAAAAUGAGAAUAUGAGUCAAAGUUACAUACAAAUUUCUCUCAACAGGAAGUAGUAGAGAUAUAAGUUCUAUGUAGUUCAGGCAGUGGAACCAAAUGAAAACCAUGUGAUGUGCAUUGAUCUGCUAUUUGUAUGUUUUUGUAAGAAUAAAUCAGUGCCACCUAUGCACCUGGUGUUCUAUUUAUAUGGGCCCAAAUCAAUAUUCAGUCACCCAUGAAUAACUAUAUUUAUAUUAAAAUGAAUGUCCACCUUUAAGUGUGCUGAUUAAUUUCAGAAUUUAUUGUGGUCACAGCUUUGCGUUUCUGAUAAUGUGCUUGAAAUCAUUUCUAUAGAUGAGUUAAA